UAAAAAUUUCAACUAUAACUUGGUAGUAAAAACAUUAUGAUGAAUAAAAAAAAAACCCCAAUAACCCACGAACAAAAACAAAAAUAAACUAACUAACUAACAAAAAAAAAAAAAAAACCCAACGAAAAACCCAUUAUUUUAUUUAGGAUAAAAAAGUAAAUGUUUUGUGCCUCAAGUAGGGAUAGGAGGCGAGGACACAGCCCCCCCCCCCCCCCUCCCGCCUCCCACGAUCCAUGUUCCAAUAGGUUUGAAUAAAGAUUACUAAUAUGAUUUCAGUACCAUGAAGAGUCUCAUAAUCACAUGCCUGUGUUUGUCUGUGGUGUACGCCGCCCCUGCCAGACAUGCUCCUCUUCAUGAGUUCCUGGAACCAUUCAAAGACCUGCUCCAUGAGAUAGAGCAGGAACUAAAGCCGGUCAUACACGGACUGGUGGACGAAGUCAAGGAAACUGCAACCAGCGCAGCGUCACAGGCCGCUUUGAGUGACUUGACAAGUCUGCUUCAUAACAAAAAACGGAAUUUCUUCGACGAUCUGCUUGCUCCUCUGAAAGCUGGUUUCCAGAAGACCAAAGAGCAGCUGAAACCGUAUCUACACCAAAUCGGUCACAACCUGCUGAACCAGACGAAGACACUGGGCGCGUCAGCUCUCUCACAGAGUCUCACGGCUGUUUUGUCGAAAGCUUUCUCGAAUCUGUUCCAUGGUCGUCGAAGCAUUAAACGGAAUUUCUUCGACGAUCUGCUUGCUCCCCUGAAAGCUGGUUUCCAGAAGACCAAAGAGCAACUGAAACCGUAUCUGCACCAAGUCGGUCACAACCUGCUGAACCAGACGAAGACACUGGGGGCGUCGGCUCUCUCACAGAGUCUCACGGCCGUGUUGUCGAAAGCUUUCUCGAAUCUGUUCCAUGGUCGUCGAAGCAUUAAACGGAAUUUCUUCGACGAUCUGCUUGCUCCCCUGAAAGCUGGUUUCCAGAAGACCAAAGAGCAACUGAAACCGUAUCUGCAUCAAAUCGGUCACAACCUGCUGAACCAGACGAAGACAUUGGGGGCGUCAGCUCUCUCACAGAGUCUCACGGCUGUGUUGUCUAAAGCUUUCUCCAAUCUGUUCCAUGGUCGUCGUAACAUUAAACGGAAUUUCUUCGACGAUCUGCUUGCUCCCCUGAAAGCUGGUUUCCAGAAGACCAAAGAGCAACUGAAACCGUAUCUGCAUCAAAUCGGUCACAACCUGCUGAACCAGACGAAGACACUGGGGGCGUCAGCUCUCUCACAGAGUCUCACGGCUGUUUUGUCGAAUGCUUUUUCAAAACUGUUCCAUGGCCGUCGUAACAUUGAACGUGAAGGACUUGUUCAAGCUGUAAAAGAUGGUUUCGAGAAGACCGUGUCGCAACUCAGGCCCUAUGUACCUCAAGUGGAACACAGUCUUGCUGGCCAGACAGAGAAGGAAGUGCAAAGUUCUGUAAAACAGAUCAUAUCCGAUUUGGUUAAGAGUGUCAUGGAACAUAUAGAUGAAGGUACGGUUGAAAAGAUUGGGGAGUUUGCCGCCAAACUGAACAGCGUCCUGGAUACGCGGAUUAACCAGCUCCUUGAGAUCUUCGACCAAGGCUUCAAGGAACUGCAGCGCUUGUCCAUCAAAGUAUCCAGGAGGAUUAUUCACCCAGAGAUCGCCGUACACAACGUUGAUGCUGUCGUUGCUCAGCAUCACAUAACUGGUGACCUCGUGGUGAAAUACUUGAAGAAAGACUUGAGGGAACUUCUGACUCCAGGCAAGACGCCCGACCUAUUUGUCGAAGUACUUCACAAAGUUGGAAUACAAUUUGGAAACGUUUUCGACCGUUUACAAAAGAUGGUAACAGACGAAGGACAGUCGAUAAAAACUAGAUUCCUGGCACGAAUCCAACACCAAACAUGACGUACCCUUGUUUUUAAUAUGCGCCAUAAAUAAUAAACAUGUUAGAAAAUA